ACCGCUCAAUCAAUCAAUUAAUCAAUCAAUCAAUCAAUCAACCAAUCAAUCAAUCAGUCACACAAGAGAACCAAGAUGGUGACGUGUAACGAUGCCGGCCUUACACAAAAGAAGUGCGAUGAAGACGAAGAACAAGAAGAGAACGCCAUAGCCGUAGACCAAGAAGAUGAAGUGGAAGAAGCAGAAGAAGAAGGAGAAGAAGGAGGAGAAGGAGAAGAAGGAGAAGAAGAAGAAGGGCGCUUAAUCGUUGUCAUCACGGGCGAAGGAGGACGAGAAGGAGGAGCAUACUCUCCCAUUAAGGACCGAAGGGAGGAGGAAGAAGAAGAAGAUAGCAACGGAUCCGGGAUUUUUGAAAGCCAUAGCGAUGGUGAUGGAGUUCUUCUGCACGUAAACACGUUAAAUAGUGGUAAUGCAGGCAUGGCCACAGAUGCCAUGGAGAAACGCACCGAGACCAAGGGCGACACAACAGAUGCGGUGGUCACGGAUGCCAUGGAGGAACACACCGAGACCAAGGGCGACACAACGGCUGCGGUGGCCACGGAUGCCAUGGAGGAACACACCGAGACCAAGGGCGACACAGCAGGUGCGGGUCAAGUUGCUCCUGCGGAAUCAAUCGUAGAAGCAACCAAGGCCGAUGAGGAAGAGGCUGCGAACCGAAAAGGGGCAGCCAGGGUCACAAACGGCAUGGAAGGGGUUACUAAGACUUAUGAGGACGCAAGUGCGGCAGACACAGGUAAUGAAGAAGAGGCUGUGAUAGGUGUGACAUGCGUAGUCCGAGGACAGUGUGUAGAUACCAGAGAAAGCGAGUGAUGAAUAGACCAUCGAAGCAUGCUGUGGAACCAGCUGGAGAGGCGGAUCACAUGCGCAGGGUGUAUAUAUAUAUAUGUAUAUAUAUAUAUAUAUAUAUAUAUAUAUAUAUAUAUAUAUAUAUAUAUUAAUUAUAUUUUUUUGCAUCAUUUAAAAUUAUCAUGAUUACUUUCUUAUAGGAGUAUUAUUAUAAGUUGACUAAACUUUAAUAUGAGAUAUAAUUUUUUUAAGCAUGAUGAUAAAAAAUCAAAGCAAAACUUUGAA